UAACUUCAGUUCAACUGGGUUCUGCCGCGGAGCUAGCGGAGCGCACCGGCACCGCACAUAGCACAGUCUCGAGUAUAUUUUGAUGUUUAUUUUGUCAAAAUACAAUUUUGUCAUUUAUCGAGAUUGCUUUAAAGAAAAUACAUUUUGUUUAGUUCGACGCGGUAAGAUUACAAUGUCGUCUGCAGUAACGAAGCGCAAGUAUGUUUUUCAAGAACUUGACGACAUGAGCCUUCCCAAGGAUUCGCAAAGCAUCGUACGAAUUGUCCAGGCGCGCGGUCAUAAUCUUCAUGAAGUUGUCACACCCACCGGAGAACAGUACAUUGUCUCGAUGCCCACCAAGUUCAGACAAAAUAUCUGGGUGAAGAGAGGAGACUACAUUGUUGUCGAACCAAUCAUGGAAGGCAACAAAGUUAAGGGUGAAAUUGUUAAGAUACUCACAAAGGAUCAUAUAAAAUGGUAUCGUGAACAGAAUUGUUGGCCGCUGGAAUUUGAUGAGGAUCCAAAGAGAAACGGACAUUCAAUAGCGACAAAUUAUGCCACGUGCGAUGACGACGAGCUUUUUGUGAAUACAAAUAGGUGUCCCCCUAAUCAGAAAAAAGAUGACAGCGAAAGUGAUUCAGAUGGAUCUAGUUCUAAUGAAUCUAAUUCUCAUUAGCUCAGGAUCUUCCUUUUUCCUUACAAUAUAUAAAAAUGCAUACAUAAUUUUAUAUAUCUACAAUUUAAAAAACAAGUUUUUUCUAUUAUUAUAGUGUACAUAGUUAAGUAAUAAAAAUAUUUUUCAUAUAA